CAUUCACAUUUCAACCAUCUCAAACUCAAAUCACAAAACAACACCGUCCACAAUCACCUACAUGGAAAUUAACACUUCUCUUCCUUUUCUUACCCAAGAAGAUUACAAUAACCUCUUUCAAGACAUUAUUAAUCCCAACACUUUCAAGAAACGUAUUAGAAAAGACCAAGGUGACCAACAACACAAACCAAAGAAACAAAACACUACCAACAACAAUAACAAUAUUAAGGAUAUCUUAGCUUCACUUAUGCUUUUAGAAGAAGAAGAAACCAUAGAACAAAAGAAGUACUUAUUAGAUUCACAACAACAUAGAGAUAUGUUCAAUUCAAAUUUCAACAACCAAACACAAACCAUGAAUCAUUACAUGGAAGAACUUCAAAACCAUUACUCUCAGCUAGACCAACAUCAUCAAACAACAACAAAAAAAGCUCGUAUGUCUGCUAUUACAGCUGCUUCAGCUAUUGUAUCUGGUCCAGACCAACGUGGUCUGGACCAGCCCGGUACAGAUUCAAAAGAUAUUAUCAACCAGCAGCCUAUUCAACGUAGGCUGUGGGUGAAAGACCGGCCUAAAGACUGGUGGGAGAGUUGCAACCGUGAAGACUUCCCGGACGAUGAAUUCCGGCGAUGUUUUCGGAUGAGUAAACAAACUUUCAACAUGAUCUGCAAUGAGCUGGAUUCAUCGGUAACGAAGAAAAACACGACGCUUCGAGAUGCUAUUCCGGUUCGCCAGCGCGUGGCGGUAUGUAUAUACCGUCUGGCGACUGGCGAACCGCUGAGGCUGGUUUCGAAGAAAUUCGGGUUAGGAAUAUCCACGUGUCAUAAGCUUGUGUUAGAAGUUUGUGCAGCUAUUAAAUCAGUUUUAAUGCAGAAGUUUCUUCGUUGGCCAGAUGAAGAAACAACGAAGGAAACGAAACAAGCGUUUGAGGGUAGUUUCGGUAUUCCAAAUAUUGGUGGUGUAAUGUAUACUACUCAUGUUCCUAUAAUUGCACCUAAGGUAAAUGUUGGUUUAUAUUUUAACAAAAAACUCACUGAAAGAAACCAAAAAACUAGCUAUUCAGUAACUGUUCAAGGUGUGGUAAAUAGUAAAGGUGUUUUUACUGAUGUGUGUAUAGGUUGGCCUGGCUCAAUGCAAGAUAAUACAGUUUUGGAAAAAAGUGCUUUAUAUGAGAGGGCCAAAUUAGGAAAUUUGAAGAAUAUUUGGAUAGUUGGAAAUUCAGGUUAUUCACUUAUGGAUUGGGUUUUAGUGCCAUAUAAGCACCAAAAUCUGACGUGGACACAACAUGGAUUUAAUGAGAGAAUUGGUGAAAUUGAGAAAAUUGGUAAAGAUGCUUUUAGUAGGUUGAAAGGUAGGUGGGGGUGUUUGAAGAAAAGGACUGAAAUUAAGUUGCAAGAUUUACCUGUUGUUCUUGGUGCUUGUUGUGUGCUUCAUAAUAUUUGUGAGAUUAUGAAUGAAGAAAUGGAUGAUGAAUGGAAGUUUGAGGUUUUUGAUGAUGAAAUGGUUGUUGAAGAUGGUGCUUGUUCUUUGGAUUCUUUGAAGGCUAGAGAUCAAAUUGCUCAUUAUCUAUUACAUCAUGGUCGUGCUAAUACUGCAUUUUUCUAAUUCUUUUUAUUUAUUUGUAUUAGAGUUAUGUAACCUCGAUGUCUUCGAGAAAUUAAAAAAAAAACAAUUUGUAUUAUAUUAUAGACCUAUAUUAUAUUUUGGUUAUGUCUUUUUUAAGAUUGUAGUAAAAAUGAAGAAUAGUGACAUUAGUUUAGAGGUCUAAGAUCUUUAUGUUAUUAUAAUGAUUUCAAUUAA